UCCCGCAUUGGCUGUGCAGCCGAACUCCAGGGCGCGUUGCGGGACUCCACGGACCAACAUGGGGUUCAACGUUUGUCUCCGAUCGUCGGCCCACGAAGUCACCGCCAGGAAAACCCCCGUGGGAGAGAGACUCUGAAGAGGGGCACAGCCUCGGCCUCUGCGAGGAGCCCGGGCAUCUCCAUCCGAGCGCGCUUUGGCACAAAGUAGACCAGAGAGAGAAGGAGAAGUGGAGGCUUUACUGGAAGAAGAAGAAGAACAACCCCCCCUCAAGACUUUUCUCAGUCCCUGGACCCGCUGGAGCUCUUCUUCCCGAGGACUGUGGGGGGAUCGAGUCAGACAGUUCCAUGCCGAGGAACACCCUCAUCCCCAUCGAGCUGAGGUCCAGGGUGUAAGGGGGCGCAGCAGGUCUCGGAGCUCCAAUGCCAGUGGACAUGCAGCCACACCAGGGGCUGUAUCACUACGAGACCUCACCCAGCCAGCCCUCCAGAGGCCUCGUCCCAUCAGACCAGUCCCCGUACAGUGAUGUGUCUUCGUUGCGCGCCCCACUGCUCAACGGCCCGGCCCAGGACUGUCGAGCGAUGUAUAAUCCCAUGACUCCCAGUAUGACUCAUGGGUCGGGACCAGGGCAGGGGAUUGGCCACUGCAUGGAUCAAUAUAUGAGGCCCCCCCAGGCCCCACCGCCCCACAGUAUGAUGGGCCACAGGGGCAUGCCGCCCACAGAGAGUGGCAAUAGCACCCCCUACUGCAACCAGAACAACAUGAUGUCCUCUCAUCAUAACUUCUGCCAGGUGCAGCCCAGCUCAGAUCACAUUGGGUCCGGCGAUGGCUCAAGGUUCUCCACACCGCGAUCCAUCCUGAAGCUGAGCAAGAAGAGAGCUCUGUCCAUCUCUCCUCUGUCUGAUGCCAGUGUCGACCUGCAGACGGUGAUUCGCACGUCGCCCAACUCCUUAGUGGCCUUUGUCAACGCUCGCUGCAACCCCAACGGAGCCAGCUCCUACGGCCAUCUCUCUGUGAGCGCCAUGAGUCCGUCCCUGGGUUAUUCCAGCAAUAUAAACUGCCAAUCCAGGCAACAAGGUUCCAUGUACGGCGGGGGGACACCUCUGGGUGGACACACGCCAGGUCCCUGCCAAGCUUCCCGCUUACCUCCACACAACCCUCGGCUCCACGUUCCUCCCAAGCAUGGACAUCUGAAAACAGAGCCAGGGCUGUGCGGAUUGUUGGAUGGCAUCAAUGUGAAGAGCCUGGAGGAGAGGUCAGAGGGAGAUGUCGCUAGUCCUUCUUCCACUGGCACUCAGGACCCUCUCCUGGGCCUGCUGGACGGCAGAGACGACCUGGACAAAGACGAUGGGAAACCCGAGCCUGAGGCAGUCUACGAAACAAACUGUCACUGGGAAAGCUGCAGCAAGGAAUUUGACACACAAGACCAGCUAGUCCAUCACAUCAACAAUGAGCACAUUCACGGAGAAAAGAAGGAGUUUGUGUGUCACUGGCAGGAGUGCUCUCGAGAGCAGAGGCCCUUCAAAGCCCAGUACAUGCUGGUGGUUCAUAUGCGCAGGCACACGGGAGAGAAGCCACACAAGUGCACCUUUGAAGGCUGUAACAAGGCCUACUCUCGUCUGGAAAAUUUGAAGACCCAUCUGCGCUCCCACACCGGGGAGAAACCAUACGUGUGCGAACACGAAGGCUGCAACAAGGCCUUUUCCAAUGCUUCAGACCGGGCCAAGCAUCAGAACCGAACUCACUCCAAUGAGAAACCUUACGUAUGUAAGAUCCCCGGCUGCACUAAGCGGUACACAGACCCGAGCUCUCUGCGUAAACAUGUGAAGACGGUGCACGGCCCUGAAGCCCACAUCACCAAGAAGCAUCGCGGGGACACAGGACCCCGACCCCCCGGCUCAUCUAUGACCCCUGGGGGCCCGAACUCUGAACUUCUGCUGGAGAAAGAGGAGACGCGCAGGGAGGACUGCAAACUGCUGGCUCCUGAGACUGCUCUGAAAUCGCAGCCAAGUCCCAGUGGUCAAUCAUCCUGCAGCAGUGAACGUUCUCCACUGGGGAGCGCCAACAACAAUGACAGCGGCGUGGAGAUGAACCUAAACGCAGCAGGCAGCUUGGAAGAUCUCACAGCACUGGAGGAUGGGGUAGCAGGUGGAGGAGGAGGAGGAGGGGAUCCGGGAAGUCUAGGAGGAGCGAUGGGAAUGUCAGCGCAGGCUCUGAAGAGGCUGGAGAACCUUAAGAUUGACAAGCUGAAGCAAAUCCGCAGACCCACCCCUCCUGGCCGCUGUGCCAGCAACAAGCUGCCAACGCUUUCUGGUGCGGGGGACAAUAUAGGAAUGUGUGCACCUUCUCCUCUCCUUUCAAAUCGACGCGUUAUGGAGCUGUCGAACCACGAGUUAGGAGGCGGAACGUCGAUUGGGUGCACUAGCAAUGACAGGAGAGGAAGCGGCACCAGCAGCCUAAGCUCUGCAUAUACCGUCAGCCGUCGCUCCUCCAUGGUGUCCCCUUACCUGUCCAGCCGGCGCUCCAGCGAGGUCUCACAAAUGGGAGGAACGGGAGGCGGACAAUGCCACCUCCUUGGCCCAGAGCAGAGUGGGGGAGAUGCCCUCUCUCCCGAGACAAAUCGCAGAGGAGCUCCAUGUCCUGGAGGAGGAGGAGGAUUGCCAGGUCUUCCGAAUUUAACACCCGCCCAGCAGUACAGCCUAAAGGCCAAAUACGCUGCGGCAACUGGUGGACCGCCACCUACGCCUUUACCCAACAUGGAGCAGCCAGGAACUCCGGGCAGAAGAGGAGGUGUUCUGAGCGAGUACCAGGGUCAGCCUCUGCCUCCUUUCAUACAACAUGGUGGUCCACGCAGACACAGUGCCAACACAGAGUACGGCACCGGUGUUAUCUUCCCUCACCAGGCUCCAGGCAACAACAGCAGGAGAGCCAGUGACCCGGUUCGAUCCGCAGCUGAUCUACUCACUCUCCCGAAGCGUUACAACAGCCUCAAUAAUGUAGCCAUGAUGAGCCGAAGGAAUGCACUGCAACACCGCGGUUCUGACACCAGUCUCUCCCGUCACAUGUACUCUCCUAGGCCGCCUAGCAUUACUGAGAACGUGAUGAUGGAGUCUAUGGGUAUGGAGCCCCACCUUUCCCCUUCUGAGGCCAGAGACCGUUCUAUGAUGAUGCCCCCAGGAGAAAGAAACUUUAUGGGAUACCAGCAACAGCAUCAAACCCUUGGAGGAGUUGGAGGUGGAGGCCCUCUUUCAAACCAACUGUCCCCAAGCCAUGACUCUCUGGGCUGUCAAGACCAGGGCUACCUGCAGGGUCACUACCAGAACCAGGCAGGGGAAGUCACUUCGAGGGCUGGUGGAAAUCCACUAGGCCAAGCGAGGCCCAUUCAACCAGAGGGCAUUUCCAAUACUCUUCUCCAGCAGGCCGAGUACAGCAUGAGCACUUGCCAGCUCAGUCCCUCAGGUCCCCAUUAUCCCAGCAUAGGCCAGGGAGGUGACGCUGGAGGCCCUUGGAGUGACUCUCACAGCCAAGUCCAAACUUCCAGCCAUGGUCUCCAGAACCAGCGAGGAAUACAGUAUUCAGACCCCACCCUGCCACCUCAACAGACACAGGCCCACUUCAGUAAUCAGACAGGCCUCUACAACAGUCCUGAUGGAACCCACAAACUCACCAUCAAGCCCGAGCAGCAGUUCCACCCUGGGAUGGGAGGCAGAGAUGCCUGUCAGAGUGCUAAACUCCAGCAGCAGCAGAUGCUCCUCCAGCAGACUCAGGGUUACCCGCAACAGACAGGCCAGGUUCUGAUGAGGAACUCCAACAAUCCGAGUUGUGACUUUCAAGGGCAGAACCAAAACUCUUUCCCCAAUAGAGGGGGCUUGAGUUUGGGUUGCGCUGGGUCUGCUCUGUCAGAUGGGCAGAGGUCGGAAACCCCCAUGAUGCAGGUGAAGGAAAUGAUGGUUAGGAAUUAUGUGCAGUCCCAGCAAGCACUCAUGUGGGAGCAACAGCAAGAGCAGCAGCAGCAGCAGAGUGGAAUAAAACCUCCUCUUUCUGAGAAUAUGGAUAUGAGUGGUCAGACAGUGAUGUUGCAACACAGCCCACAGCACCAAAAUCAGAAUCUUUAUUCCAACCAGCCCUAUCCUUCCUACCCCAACCAGAACCUGGUCAUGAGUCCUCCGGCCCACAGCCGAGGGUCCAGCACCGUGACACCUAAAGACCAGCAGCUAAGUAUCCCAGGUUCGUGCUAUGGCCAGGAGAUGGUGGUGCCCAGGCCCCCUCAGGGACGGAAACCUCUCAGCCGCCAGAACAGCCUGUCGCAGGUGGGAGGGGGCUACCUGGGCAGCCCACCGCACCUCAGCCCUGUCCACUCUAAUUCGAGCCCCAGACGAGGGGUCAGACUGCCUCCAGUCCAGCAUCCACAGCACCCGCAGAAUGAAAUGUUCUCUCCUUCCAAUAACAACAACAUUUACUACUCGGGUCAGAUCAACAUGGACAUGGAGAAACACAUGGACCCCCAGAACGGUCCUUUUAUCAACCAGCAGCAUGGUAUGGUGUCCAACCUAGAUCCAACAGGUGGCACUAAGUCUGCCCCCAUGGCUCCCUAUCCUGAGUCAGGUCCCAUCUCCAAUGCCUUAGAAAACCUGGACCUGGACAACGCUCGCAUAGACUUCACGUCCAUCAUCGAUGACGCUGAGUCUUCCUCGUUCAGCCCGGUCAACAAUCCCCUCCAGGGUCAGCCGGGAUCUUCCUCCCAGGCCUCAUCCCGCCUCACCACCCCUCAGACUUCUGUCAGCCUGGCUGCGGGCUCUGGCCUGUCCAACAUGGCUGUCGGUGAUAUGACGUCCAUGCUUACCUCGCUGGCUGGGGAGAAUAAGUACCUGAACACACUGUCUUAGGAGUCAGCUCUUGUGCAGCUCAGCAUAUAUUUGGACUUACAAUCAAAUUGAGGCCUUGGCAAGGUCUUAAUGUAGAAAGCCUGGAGUUCCUCACACUUAGGUCCCGUUGCCUAUUGUGAUUUUGCUCUUGUACAUUGCAAGGAAGGUUAGUUGGGUUAAGACAGACAUACUUUUGAAUGGAACAUUUUGUGUAAUGGAGCGUGAGUCCAGGUUGUUUCAUACAUCAUCACAAGCCUUUAUAAAUAAACCCAACACAUUAACCUUUCUUCGAGCCAGGACCCUGAACUGGCACAGGGCCUCUUGCUACUGGAUGCCAAUGUAACAGGAAUAACAAUAUGUUGUCACGCAUUCUGGUUGCAAGUUGACACUAGGCAACUGAUGUGGUCCUGUUACAGGUUUCACAAUUGUAAGAAUACCCAGCCUGAACCUUAAAACCAAAGGUGCCUGAUCAGUCUGCUUCCUUGCUGUGAUCUCCUCACGCUGCCUUUGUACUUGGUAUUUUCUAUGUGCCUGAUAUGAAACCGAUACUGAACUUUUUCCAAACAGGCAUUCCAGCCACGUAGGGCUGUGGCGACAGUGGAGCAGAGAAUCAUACGUGUAAAUAAGUUUUAUAUACAUCUAUAUAUGUUGUGUACAUGACAAUGAGACUUUGGAUAAAUCCUCCCCUGUCUCGUGAUCGACUGCUUGGACUCUGAAGGCCAAUGUUCAGAUGGGAGUUAGUAAGAUAGUUGUUGGGAAGGAUGAGAAAGAUGUGCUUUUAGUGAGUGAGAAAUACUUUCUCUGUGCUACUAAAUAUUAAUCUGUAUUUCUAGGGAUUUAUUCCUUCUCAUGAACAUCACACGCUGUACCGGUGGCAUAUCAGUAUUCCCACAAAUGCACACAUAGUAUUCCCGCAUAUGUAGAAACGCAGACACAGACACACACAUAGCCUACACACACAGACACUCAGGACUUUGAAUCUUUGGUGUUCAAAUUGUGUUGUAAUUGCCUUCCCAGACAGAUAGUUUGCACUCCACAUGUUUACUGUAAGUGUUCCUAAAGCAGCUGUGUACAUUUUUCAGUAGUGUUUAUGUAACUGAAAAAAAAAGAAGUGUCUUGCUCUUUCUAAGGUACAUACAUUGGGGGGUAAAGAUUAAACCUCAAAUGUAAAAUAUGUGCAUCAAUCCCCUUCCACACUGCAACAUGUCUGAUAUAUUCAAACCUACCGCCUUCGCUAGACAUUUACCUGACCGAUGACGACGCGUACAUGACUCAGCUGACGAUGACGGCGUCUUUUAAUGAAACCUGAGUCAGCUGGUUUGUAUUUGAGAACAGAUCAGUAAUAUUUGCUGAGGUACAUUUAUAGUACAGUGCUGCUGCACUUUGGCUCUAAUCCCAAAGAGGAGUUAUUUGGAGAAAAAAAAAAAUCUGCAUUACUAAUUCAGGACAGGGGAUCGAGAAGGAGGAAUUUAAUCAGUUGCUACCACUGUAGUAAAUUUUCUGGCUACACUGAGGUACUUUUGUGUGACGGUUGAGCUGCAUCAUAUGAGAAAAAGGCUGCAGCUCUUGGCAGGCAAACUAAUUUUACACUGUGGCUUUGCACUGACUACAGCACUGUGUGGAAACGUCUCUGUCUCUUACGACUAUUCACCUGAACCUCAUUUUGAUAAGAAUAUAGAGAAAUAUCACAAUCUGAUAAUCUGAAGAACACAUCUGAGCACAGCUGGACUCGAUAAGACCACGUGAAAACAUUGCUGAAGCAUCUAAUGUGACUUUUCAGAAAGAAAAAAGAAAAAAAACAGUAGCGUCACUUCACAGUGUUAUCAAGCAAAAGCAGGAAUGAACAUUUAUUCAUUUUGGUACAGUGGACAACCUACCAAAGACACCUUAAAAUGACUGAGAAAAUGAUGAUGCACAAAUAGUCUAUUUUAACAACAACACUAACACUAGCAAUAAGCAACACUGACUGAUAGUGCUGUUCUCUAGAAUGUAUGAGAUGUUUUGUACGAAAUUAUCUUUUAUAUUAAUGAACUUUACGGACGUUGUCUCAUGUGCGUGUCUGUGUGUGUCUCUGAGUGUGUGAGUGUGUGUGUGUGUGUGUGUGUGUGUGUGUGUGUCUUUUCUAACUGUCAUCCUUCAUUCUGACUUUUUUGCUGGCAAAAGAAUAUCACCUUUAGCAACAGAAAGAUAUAAUAGUAGCAUUAACUAUAAUAGACAAAAGCCAAGUGUUGUAUUUUGUGUACAAUUUUCUACAUUUUUAUACAAAUGUGCUAUAUUUUACCAGUUUAUGAAUAAACAUGUUCAGUUUGGGAUGGAUGCA